AUGAGCGAGUACGUUGUGUCGACGCGCGCCUACGCCAAGGCCAUCUUGCACUGCGCGAAAUUCCCCUCGGAGACCGUGCAUGGCCUGCUGCUGACCGAGAAGAAGGACGGCAAAAUUCGAAUCGUAGAUGCAGUCCCGGUGUCUCACAACUGGACGCAGCUGACGCCCAUGUUCGAUGUGGCUCUGCAGCAGGUGCGGAUCUACGCCAAGUCGCAGCAGCUGGCCGUGGGUGGCUACUACGUGGCAUACGAGGACCCCACCGACGUGCAGCUGUCGGCAUCGGGCGCGCUCUUGGCCAAGGCCGUGGUGUCUGCGAACGAGGACGCCGUUGCCUUUGUGAUUGACGCGAAGAACCUGUCGCCAGAGGCAAGCAAGGCUGCGUUUGUGCCGUUUGUGUACUCGGAAGCCCAAUGGAAGGAGCAGUCGGGGGCGUUUGGCGAUACUGUGGUUAAGGGGAGCAAGGGCGCGAGCUUUGUGCUGGAGAACAUGCAGGUGCUUGCUACCACGAAGAAGCUGGUUGCGGAGCGCGCCGAGAUCGGCCUGGUCGACUUUGACGAGCAUAUGGACAAUGUUACGCUUGACUGGAUCCAGAACGCGACGCUCAAUGAGCGGAUCCGGACGGCAUAG